AUGUCGAUGCUAGCCAACAUUCUAGGCUUCUCAUUAUUUGGCCUGGCUGCCAGAUUUGGCCAGCUCGGAAUUCAGAAACGAAAUCUGUUUGAAAAUCUGGGUGGACAUGCCCUUGCGAUGGGUGUCUUUGGCUAUGGAGGUUACAUGGCGUACAGAUGGGACCAAACGGCGGCUUUUCUCAUUGAGAAGAAGAAGGCUGAAAUAGCAGAGAGUAGGAAGUCGCGGUUAGCGAAAGCAGAGGCUCUUGAAGCAAAGCUUAUGGCUGAAAAAGAAGAGCACUGA